GAUUGCGGCGGACCCGGAAGUGCUCGGCCACAGUCGCAGCCCCGGCGCCCCGGAGCGGGAAAAAGGCUGGGUGUCGCCGUCCCCCAGCUGCGCAACCGAAGGAACUGUCGGGAACUUGGCUGUGUUGUCCUGCCUCAGAGACAAAUUCAUCUGUUGUAGGCCUAGCCUGGGUUGCUGCCUUUGAAAACAAGGAAAGAUUGGUAGAACAUCAACCACAGCAUGGAAUUUCCAGGGAGGUCUCAUUUCAAAACUUCAUAAAGAACAAGAACCACCUGGACUUCUGUGAGGGCGAUGAUUAAAUUGGCCUGAGUUUGAAUGAAAGGAUAAUGUGUGCUCAACCUGUAACUAACACCAAGGAGGUCAAGUGGCAGAAGGUCUUGUAUGAGCGACAGCCCUUUCCUGAUAACUAUGUGGACCGGCGAUUCCUGGAAGAGCUCCGGAAAAACAUCCAUGCUCGGAAAUACCAAUAUUGGGCUGUGGUAUUUGAGUCCAGUGUGGUGAUCCAGCAGCUGUGCAGUGUUUGUGUUUUUGUGGUUAUCUGGUGGUAUAUGGAUGAGGGUCUUCUGGCCCCCCAUUGGCUUUUUGGGACUGGCCUGGCUUCUUCACUGAUUGGGUAUGUUUUGUUUGAUCUCAUUGAUGGAGGUGAAGGGCGUAAGAAGAGUGGGCAGACCCGGUGGGCUGACCUGAAGAGUGCCCUAGUCUUCAUUACUUUCACUUACGGGUUUUCACCAGUGCUGAAGACCCUUACAGAGUCUGUCAGCACUGACACCAUCUAUGCCAUGUCAGUCUUCAUGCUGUUAGGCCAUCUCAUCUUUUUUGACUAUGGUGCCAAUGCUGCCAUUGUAUCCAGCACACUAUCCUUGAACAUGGCCAUCUUUGCUUCUGUAUGCCUGGCAUCACGUCUUCCCCGGUCCCUGCAUGCCUUCAUCAUGGUGACGUUUGCCAUUCAGAUUUUUGCCCUGUGGCCCAUGUUGCAGAAGAAACUAAAGGCGUGUACUCCCCGGAGUUAUGUGGGGGUCACACUGCUUUUUGCGUUUUCAGCCUUGGGAGGUCUACUGUCCAUUAGUGCUGUGGGAGCCAUACUAUUUGCCCUUCUGCUGAUGUCUGUCUCAUGUCUGUGUCCAUUCUACCUCAUUCGCUUGCAGCUUUUUAAAGAAAACAUUCAUGGGCCUUGGGAUGAAGCUGAAAUCAAGGAAGACUUGUCCAGGUUCCUCAGUUAAAUUAGGACAUCCAUUACGUUAUUAAGGCAAGCUGAUAGAUUAGCUUCCUAACUAGUAUAGAACUUAAAGACAGAGUUCCAUUCUGGAAGCAGCAUGUCAUUGUGGUAAGAGAACAGAUCCAAACAAACAAAAAAAAUUAACCAAAGGCUUGGGUGGUGAGGGUGCUUAUCCUUUCUGUUAUUUUGUGGAUGAAAAAACUUUCUGGGGCCCUCUUGAAUUACAUGCUGUAACAUAUGAAGUGAUGUGGUUUCUAUUAAAAAAAAACACAUUCA